UGUUGCUCCCGCCUGCUGGCCCCGCCCCACGCACACAGUCACACACACUACACCGCUCACUAUGUGACUUCCUACAUUCACUCUGUGACUGUGUGUAUAUAUAUGUUAGCCGUUGUAUUUCAGUUACUUUCUUCCAUUUCUCUCAUUCGCCUAAUAAUUAUCAGUUAAUUUAAUGUCAAAAAUCCUUUGAUGAUCCAAUUCCAAUGGAUGCUGACUUCAGUCCCAACUGAUUCUGAUCGGUCAAACACAUUCAGGACCGCCAUAAUAUCCACUACUUCUUCUUCUACUUCCAUCACUUUUAUCACCGUCUGUUUCAUCUUUGUUCCUUUUCCUCCAUCAUGGCUGACCCGCGAACUUCCUCGUCGUCUUCCUCCGACUUCUCCGCCGUCCCACCUCCGAACGGUACGCAAGAUGGAAGGCAGCUGCUAUCUCCAGAGGUUUCGAGACAUUGGCGGGAUGUGUUUUGGCUAGCUUUGUUUGUGUUUCAUUUGGUUUUGCUAGGUUUUGUUCUGGGGGUCUUUGGUUUCAAUAGGUUUAAGAAGAAGGAUAGGCUCAACAUUGACAAGUAUACGAUGGGAUUUCUGGAGAAUCAGUCAGGAUUGACAGAGGAUUAUUGGAAAAUGUAUGCUGUGGCUGCUGGGAUGGGGACACUUCUUGGAUGGAUUUGGCUGUCUUUGCUUGCUUCCCGGGCAAAUUCAUUGAUGAAAGUAUCAAUGCAUAUCCUUACCACCUACCUUGCAGUUAUUAGUGUUCUGUGCUUUUGGAGUAAGCAGUUCCUUUGGGGUGGGGCUUUUGCUAUUGGGGCAGCUUUGCAGUUUUUGUAUAUCGUCUCUGUCAUUGAUAGACUUCCAUUUACCAUGCUUGUGCUACAAAAGGCAGUCAAAAUGGUCUGGACUAUUCCUGAAGCUGUUGGAGUCUCAUGUGGGUUCAUGAUAGUCAUGCUGAUGUGGUUAGCAUUAUGGUCCUUUGGAGUAGCUGGUGUGGUGGCUUUAAGCCUUGGUGACAGUGGACGCUGGUGGCUUCUUGUGCUGUUGUCUAUUAGUUUGUUCUGGACUGGAGCAGUGCUCUGCAACAUUGUUCAUGUUAUAGUAUCAGGGAUGGUGUUUCUUGUCCUUAUUCAUGGUGGCCGAGAUGCUGAAUCAAUGCCUUCUAAGCCACUAAUUAGUUCUCUGCGUCAUUCUCUGACAAAAUCUUUCGGAAGCAUAUGCUAUGGAUCACUGUUUACUGCUGCUAUCAGGACAUUGCGGUGGGAGAUAAGGGGAAUCAGGUCAAGGAUUGGAAACAAUGAGUGUUUGCUCUGCCUUGUAGAUUUCCUGUUCCAUUUGGUGGAGACUCUAGUCAGAUUCUUCAAUAAGUAUGCUUAUGUCCAGAUUGCUGUUUAUGGUAAAAACUUUAAUCACUCAGCUAGAGACGCAUGGGAGCUAUUCCAGUCGACUGGUGUAGAAGCUCUUGUUGCCUAUGAUUGUUCAGGUGCUGUUCUACUGAUGGGCACCAUCUUGGGCGGGCUGAUAGUUGGUACUUGCACAGGUAUCUGGACAAGGAUUCAUCAUCCAGAACGAAUGAUAAUGGUGGGUUCUACCGCAAUGUUGAUGGGAAUGAUUUUGGUUGGACUGGCAACGGUGGUAAUUGAGAGCGCAGUGACAUCCAUAUACAUUUGUUACGCGGAAGACCCUCUAUUGAUACAUAGGUGGGAUGCAGAAUUUUUCAACCAGAUGUCAGAAACGCUCCACCAACGCCUUCAACAUAGAAGUUCAAGAGCUAGGGAAGUAGUACAUAGAUAUGACAGUCAAACCCAACAAACAAUGUCUGCUUAAGUUAGCUUCUAUUGUACUCGGAUAGUUCUUUUGUUUAUAGUAACGCCUCUCAGUCAUCUAAUCUGUUUUGGGUUUUUUUGCCUAGUUUGUCACCAUGUUUCUUGAACCUCAUUAUUCCCUGUCUAUGCUAAAAGUGUUUUUUUUUUUCCCUCUUUCCAAUCUAUAACUCAUGUUCUUCGUCAAAAUCGUAGAUCUUCCCACUUUCCACUUAAUUGCUUAAGUUUGUGAAAAACGAAUCCAGAUUGCAAGGAGGUGUCUCCUAGACAACAUCCCCUUGCUAGAACCGGGAUCUUUAAACAUGACAGCACUCUACAGGAGUUCAAAACCUGAUUGUUUCACUCAAUAAUCGCAACGGAUCUAGGGGGAGUAAGACCUCAACAAAUAUCUAAAGCAAUCGCUAAUAAGAAAAGAAGAAAGUAUGGAAAGAGCUAAAGUAAAGCUUUCUAAACUCCACAUGCCACAGAAGAUAAAAAUUUAAAUAUCAACUGAACACCAUCAAAUUAUAUGUUUCUAGAGCUUAUCAUAUCUUCACUUCAGACUUCAAUAUAAGUUUGCCACAAGCCCACAAUACUGACUAACUCACAUCUAAAAUCUAAUAAACUGAGAAAGUAGAGUAAUUCCAUGGCAGUUACUUCGGAACAUCCCCAACUUCCUGGCUAGAAGCUUCCUUGAUUUCUGCUCCGGCAUCCUCCUGGAACAUGACCAAUCAAAUGUUAUUGACCAAGGUCAAAUGGAAAACAACUGACGGUUUUGUGCAAGUUCGAUUUUUUUUUUUUAACUCAGGUUCGAAAGUAAACAUGGUGUUUAGGAGCGAGUAAAAAUGACAGAGAAAUGCAAAGAGGCAUGAAGACUUCUAUAUACCGGCACAUCAGAAGUCCAUAAAGUGAGAUUGUCACGAAGAAGUUGCAUGAUGAGUGUGCUGUCUUUGUAGGAUUCUUCACCUAAUGUGUCCAACUCAGAAAUUGCUUCAUCAAAUGCCUGUGAUGAGCACACAAUUUGUCAAUUAAAUAAUUACGCUUCCAUUUGAUGUAUCACUUAUAGGAUCCUGUACACUAUACAAAUUGCAUGGAAUGUCUCAUUAUCAACAGAUAUCUUCUGAUACUGGGCUCUACCAUGGUUUUAAAAAAGGGAAUAACAUGGUUAAAUCAAAACUUAAAAUAUACCAAUGAAUAACCCACUAAUAUUUUCAAAAGAAAACUAACCUGCUUUGCCAGAGAGCAAGCACGGUCAGGCGAGUUCAAGAUCUCAUAGUAGAACACAGAAAAGUUAAGUGCAAGACCAAGUCUGAUUGGAUGUGUCGGAGCCAGUUCAGCAAGGGCAAUAUCCUAAAAGAAAAUAUCAGAGAGAAAUUACAAAUGAUGACCAAUAGAUUAUGUGGAAAGAGUAACUACUCAUAACAAAACUGAAACCAACCUGCGCAGAUUUGUAUGCAACCAAAGUGUUUUCAGCAGCUUCUUUCCUCUCCGCCCCAGUUUUGAACUCAGCUAAAUACCUGUGGUAGUCACCUUUCAUUUUCAGAUAGAACACUUUGGAUUCAGCAGUAGUGGCUGCAGGUAUAAGAUGCGAGUCCAGGAGACCUAAGAUCCCAUCACAUAUCUUGCUGAGCUCAGCCUCAAUUUUCCCUCUAUAAUCCUUAAUAACUUUCACGUGGUCUUCAUUCCCACGGCUCUCUUCCUUUUGCUCAAUAGACGAGAUAAUCCUCCAGGAGGCUCUUCUGGCUCCAAUAACAUUCUUAUAAGCCACAGAAAGCAAAUUCCUCUCCUCCACAGUUAGUUCUUCAGUAUCCACUGUCUUGGCAACUUUUUCCAUGAACUCAACCAUCUCCUCAUACCUCUCAGCCUGCUCGGCCAAUUUGGCCAUGUAAACAUGAUCCUCACGAGACAUGCUGAUUCAAUUGAGCUUUUGUACUCCUACAGAAUCUUACACCCGUCAGAACAGUGCAGAUGAUAUUAACCAUGUUCCAUUUAGAGUAACAAAAGACAAGUAGCCACUAAUGAAACAGCAGCUUCCACAUGGAUAAAGAACCCACACCAUCUUCCCCACACAAACAUCAAUUCACCCUUUCAUUGAGCCCAUAAUCUUUUGUGGUAUCCACGCCAAAAAAAGUUCUUAGCAAAGAAGCAUAGAGUAAAACGAAAAGAAUUACGGAACAACUAAGUGAUAAAUCUUAGGCCAUCUCCCAUUUGUAAAACUCAGAAUCUUGAGUUUCCAUCAAACUACUCAACUUAUCAACUGAUAGCACAACUUGUAGAAAACUAAAUAGAGUUGUAACAGCAUACUGAACAGACUUAAAAUGUAACGCUUCAUUUACCAAACGAUAACUAUCUUUGCAAAUCAAAUUCAACUAUAUAGAGGGUAAAAUCAACAAAACUCCACAAGAACUAACAAACGCAAUGGAUGCUAAUUCAUCAAAGAUUGAAUGUUCAAAACCGAACGAAAAUAUUAAUAAAUUAAUCAAACAAACCUUAAUCAGAAAUAGAUCCAUAAUCAAAACCCAAAUCCCCUUAGUUUAUUCUUUCUCAGAAACUACCACACCCUCACAGAUCUCUUCGAGAAAGGGGAAAAAAAAACCCACAAAAUAUUAACAACAAAAUUCAACAAAGAUUUUAACUAUUAUAUCAGAUGAAGAGUGUAAAUCACACUAAAAAAGAUCUCCAAAAAAAAAAAAAACCGAAUUUGCUCGCCGCAAAACAGGACUCACCUUUUCGUUGUUUUGAAGCUAUAGAGUGCGAUGACGAAUCUUUUUUCAGCGCUGCGAAGGAAAAAUAAAUUCCUUAGAGGACUUCCCCUUUUUAUUAGGGAACCGCGACCCAGUAAAAGAGUGAAAAACAAAAGGAAUCUCACAGUAAAAAUCGUUAGAUUCGGAAGAGUCAAAGUACAGUUUUUCCAGUCAAACAAGGCAUUUCUCGGAGUAUCACCCUAAAAAAAUACGACAAUUGUUUUGUUUUAGUAGUAUUUUUCUGAGCGUUGCAGACUGCUGACACGUGGGUUGUAACAUUGCCGCUUCCUCUGGCCUCGUUAGGUCAUUUUGUUUGCUU